ACCCAAGCCGCGCCCUCGGGGCGGCUUCUUUGGCUGUCAAACCGCGGCGGGAGCGCAGGGCGCAAGGCGUGGAGUCUCUUCCUCAGUUUACCCCGCGAGCGGAAAAGGAAAGGAUUGUCAAAGGCUCCCGGAUGUUGAGCGGCCUGAGGAUCCGGCUUCACUGAGGUACCCCAGGACGGCUUCCUGGUUUAGCAUCGCAUCAGGACUUUCCUGGAGUUGCUUUUUAAACCUCAUGUUGACAGCCUCUGCCGUGGUGCAUAUCCAGGCCUCUGGCGUUCUGAAUCUGCACUUGUUAAGUUGGCGUUACUCACAGUGCUUAGCUGUUGACGUCGGAGAGAACUGAAGCCCACUGUGUAUGACCCAGAAGUAGAAGAGGGAAUGAAUUGCUGAGGUGGGCGAAGUGGUGCACAGGGGGCACCCCCCAUGCUGCCCUGCUUCCAGCUGCUGCGCAUAGGGGGCGGCAGGGGCGGUGACCUCUACACCUUCCACCCCCCAUCCAAGUCUGGCUGCACCUAUCGGUUGGGCUGCAGGGCCGACCUGUGUGAUGUGGCCCUGCGGCCCCAGCAGGAGCCCGGCCUCAUCUCAGGGGUUCAUGCAGAGCUGCAUGCUGAACUCCAAGGGGACGACUGGAGGGUCAGCCUGGAGGAUCACAGCAGCCAAGGGACUUUGGUCAAUAAUGUCCGACUCCCAAGAGGCCACAGACUGGAGUUGAGUGAUGGUGACCUUCUGACAUUUGGCCCCCAAGGGCAAGCAGGAACCAGCUCCUCAGAGUUCUACUUCAUGUUCCAACAAGUCCGGGUCAAACCUCAGGACUUUGCUGCCAUAACCGUUCCUCGGUCCAAGGGAGAAGCUGGGGGCAGUUUCCAGCCUAUGGUGCCCCCACGAGGGGCACCUCAAAGGCCACUCAGCACCCUCUCCUCUGCCCCCAAGGCCACACUGAUUCUCAAUUCCAUCGGCAGCCUCAGCAAGCUCCAGCCCCAGCCUCUUACCUUCUCCCGUGGUGGCCGCAGACCACAGGGCUUGGCUGCUCCCACUCAGCCUGGGGACGUGGGAGCUUCGCCUGCCCCACCCACAAGAAACCGGAGGAAAUCAGCUCAUAAAGUGUUGGCAGAACUGGAUGAUGAGAGCGAGGUUACCCCGGGCCCCCUAUCAGUCCUGAUGGAACCCAGGAAGAAGCUCCGUGUGGAGAAAGCCACUCUGAUAUCCAGUGGGGAAUGACCACAGGGAAAAGUCCACUGCUAUAGACUGACUCAAGGCUGGAGGCUGAAGUGACAGAAAAGAUGGCUUCCUGCCAAAGAUGUGGCAUCCCAAGUUACCAGUGAGCUGCAAUUUGAGUAACAAGGAAUAAAGCCUUGUUUCUAUGGAUGCCAGGAUAUCUGCAGUUAGAGCAUUGAUCACAGAAACCAUCCCCAGAAGGCAUAAGAGGGAAGGCUAAAUGUCUUGUUUUGCUGAAGCCAGCAAGUAUCUGCCAUUGAGCAGCACCCUAUCCCUCAUUAACGCCCCUGAAUGGCAUUGUCUAAAGCAUCCUGGAGGAUCCACAGCACACCCCAAGGCUUCCUCUUGUCAUGGCUAGCUGGCACUGCCACCAACCGCGCCUCUGUGACUAACUUUUCAGAGCUUUGCCUUUAUUCCCAAAUAAAGAAUAAACCGCUUCACCUAC